AUGGAUACCAAUCUUCAGCACGAAGAUUUAUUAAUAAAGUUGCGAGCUAAACUAAACGAAGAGAAGAUAAAGUUAUGGGAAUCGCCGUACAAUGUAGACAACGACGUUUCGCAAAGUCUCAAGGAUCUCUCAAUCAAAUACUCAAAUGAUCUUUCGUUGGACAAUGAAGUUGUGUUGCAAGCGUUACGUGAAUUACAAAUCCACUCUAUUGAAAGAUCAAAGGCCAAUGAAGAGUUCAAAGAGACGGGAUGUGCUACGUUCAGAGUGAAAGCGACUAUCCCAGGAGUGAAACCGAGGAUGUUGAAGAUUCAGAAGCAAUUACAAGUAUUAGGUAGUGAGCUUAUGGCAACCGUUGCAAGUGAGAUUGACGUUGCGGUGAACAGAGUUAAAUUAAUAGUAAAUGGUAAAGUGAUAAAAGCAACCGCAACCUUGGAGGAGCAAGGAGUUAAAAAUGGGGCCAUGAUUAUGGCGCUAGUGAUGGCAGAGAGUCCUGAAGAGGUGAAGAAAGAAGACACCAUGUACAUGGAGAUGAAAACCGUCCGUGAUGAUGCGAUGCUGCUCUCGGAGUAUGUCGACGAUGUGGCAGAUGAUGAUGAUGAAUACAUGAGGUUAGAGGACCAAUCGGGGAAGGUCGUAGAACUUCCUCCUGCAGAGAGACGAUCACUCCUUGUGGGGCUAGCGCUUCACGAGAGGGGGAGAGCUGCGGCCCGACAGCGAGACUACGCGCUCGCUUUGGUACUGUUGCUGGAAGCUGACAGACAAUUCAGUGAAUGCAGAUCCUCAAUCUUAAAGUCAGUGGACAAUUUGGCAGUCCUCCAGCUGGAUGUGUCCUGGUGUUACCUUUGUUUGCAAAGUCUACCUCACGCUGGAGAUGCUGCAGCCAGGCUGGCCACUGCGGAUGCAGCUUUCAAAGAAACCUAUGGGGUUAAUCAUGAAAGACUCAUUGCCUUAAAAGGCAGUGCGGCGAAUGAAAGAGUGCUUAUAAUGCGCUUACAUUUACUGCAAGGCAUCGUGGCGUAUCACCAAAACAAAAGGGCUGAAGCAAAGAUGCUUUUGGAGAAAGCAGAAAAUGAAUUAAACGAAUUAAGGGUGGACGAGAGCGCGGUGCUGGGGCUGAUGGAGCUGGGCUGGUCGCGCGGCGCCGCGCGCGCGGGGCUGCGCGCCCAGGGCUGCGCCGAGCGCGCGCACCACUACCUCGCGCACAGGAAGGCGGCGAGGGACAAGGCGCGCGACGCACAUCGACAGGAAAGACAGCGUCGGCUUCUUGGCGUGUGCAUGGAUGGGUCUGCGGUGAACCAAGAACUAGUGGAAGGUCUUGUCGGGAUGGGCUACACGAGACGUCUGGCCGCGACGGCGUUAAGAAACUCCAAUAAUCAUGUUGCUGAGGCUGUCAGACUUAUUCAAGAGCAGCCAGAAUUGUUGCAGGAUACAGAUGAAUCGUCUGAUGAAUCUAAGUCACAUAGCUCUGAGGAGUCUUUGGUUGAGCCUGACAAUAAGCUGGUUGCCGAGUUAGAAAUGAUGGGUUACGAGGCCGAGGAGGCGAGGGCUGCUCUGCGAUUGUCCAGGAACCACAUCAGCGGCGCAGUCGACAGACUCGUGGCUUGCCAAGGACAUAUUAUCAACAACGAAGACUCUGGCAACCCAUCCACGAGCGCUGGAUCAGCCAGGAAGAAACAGAAGUUUCACAAGAAUAAUAAAAGGAAAGAGAGGGAGCAGGCCCUCCGCCGCCUGACGUCAACCAUCAAGACAGAAGAAGACGACUACUUGGACACAUCUCUCAUCGAAGAAGAAGAAUAUUUGCAGCAGUACAAGUCACUGCUGUAA